AUGGAUGCGUAUGAAGAGCUCAAGAAAGGGUUGAAAGAAUCUUUGCAACAACAGCGAGAACUCGAAGAUGAGUUCGAUCGUUUGCAACAGGAAAUUUACGAUAAGGAGACCGAAUACCUCUCCAACAAGAAUAAUAACGUAACGGUUGCCGGUAGCAGGACUACAUAUGGUGGUAAUAUCAUCAAGGGAUUCGAUGGGUUCCACAAGACUCAUCAUGGUGAUGCGCAAAAUCAUUUCCAUAACGAUGAUAGGUUGUUCUCUUUAAGUAGUGCUAUCUUUGUUAAACAACAGCAUCAGGAUGCUUUACAGGAUCAUAUAGAGUAG